AUGUUAUUUUUUAUGUAUGUUUUCCUAAUUACAAAAAUAGCAGAAUGUUCUCGAGUAGGUAGUACUUUGUUUUAUAAACGACUUACACAAGCUAACUGUUGGAGUGAAGACGAUUUAACUAAAUUACGUGUUCGCAAAAUAAUUGAAGAAGUUAUACCACCACCGGUCACACCAGAUAUUGUUAACGAUAACUAUAUUAUUGAAACGUUAAGGUAUUUUCGUAAUACCUUUAAAACAGUUGAUAAUAAUCCAGACAAGAAUACCGUAGAAAUUCUUAAAGAAGUACUAGCGGACGCGAUAGGAGCACAUAUGAGGAGUGAAAUUCUCCCAACUGCUAGAUUUGCCUACUAUGCUGGAUAUGUCUCGUACAGAAAUGUAAGAGAGUUACAUGAUUUCUUUGAUGAUCUUAAAAUGUUGUUAAAUACACAAGGUGUAGGUUGGAAAAGAUCUGAUAGUAUUCCACAAUGGACAAAUUUUACAGUUGAGAAGGUUCGAGUUGGACCAACUUAUUUAUUUGAUCCAUGUGCCCCAUUAGUCACAAAACGAGAUUCAAAUUCCUGUAUUCAUAUACCAGCGCCCAUGACAGAUGAUCAUUGCCGACCAUCUGCAAUUGCUCUGCCAUGGAAAUACAACGGUUUAUUUAGUUUAAUAUCACCACUAUCGGAAAAUAUAUUACUAAAAUAUUAUACUGUUGGCGCAAAGUGUAUAUUACACAAUUCUCCAGAAACAUGUCGUCAUUCUGAUUUCGUAAGUUUCAACAAUGAACUUUGGCAUUGGAUGAAAAGGGAUAUUGCUCCUCGGCUCACAGAUGAAAAACUUUAUGCCGCAUAUGGGGGAAUUUUGCGAAUAGCUGCAGCAGUUCAAAAUUAUGGAAAAGGAUUACAUCGACGAAAUCUUUACGAUAUACAAGACACUGGAGUACUAAAAUGGCACCCCUGGAGAACUCUUAAGGAAUCGUACGUGUAUAUUAACACCGAUUGGACACCACAUAUGUAUGUUGGUGUUGUAGUGCUGAUAGGAUUAGCUAUUUGCAUUCUACAAAUAUGUUACAGUUAUAUUGCAGGUAAUGAUGAUGGUUGCCACUGUAGAAAUAUACCCCGUGCUCCGACAAGUAAGGACAUAGCGUAUGCAGAAGUAGAAUCUAAUAUACCUGCCAUGUUGCCUUCUCACCAAAGCGCAGUUUAUUUUACUGAAAAAAGACGCCAAAAAACACCUUCAUCCAAAACAAAGUCUCCAUCUCUUGGAUCUCUAAAGACACAAAAAGUAUACGAUAUGAAUGAAAACACCGAAAAGCUCAUGGCAGUGAUAAUGAGUGAUAAUGAGGGUACUACUGAAGAUUCAGCCAUUAUUGCUAAUGGUGGUUGCAGAAUAACUGACAAUACAAUAAAUAAAGGUCACCCAGAAAGAUCAAAAAGUCCGCCAAAGAUAGAAACACCGAUUACGCAAAUGAAAAUCGAAAAGAAGCUACCCAAGAUUAGAACCCGUGUACCGAUGUAUUCGACUAGUACGGUCACAAACUCUGAACGGACACGUCUAGGUGUAAACGUGACAGAUUCUUGGACCGGUUCAGGUAGUUCCACAUCGACGCAAUCUAGUUCAGUUAGCACAAAAUCCAGAUGUCGUAAGUCCAGAAGCUCUCGUGACUUGGCGUGGGCGCGACGUGUGGUCUCGAAACAUUCUCUAUGUGCAAAAUUAACUUCUGGUACAGAACUUGAUAUAAACUCAUACACGACACCGCCGUCGCAACGGUAA